GAGGGGACCAUGCGGCGCCUGACUCGCCGCCUGAUGCUGCCGAUCUUCGGGGUGGUGUGGAUCACCGUGAUGCUGUUCUUCUGGGUCUCCAAGAAGAAGUUGGAGGUGCCGACGGGGCCCGAAGUGCAGACCCCCAAGGUGUCAGAUGCUGACUGGGAUGACCUGUGGAACCAGUUUGAUGAACGGCGAUAUCUGAAUGCCAAAAAGUGGCGUGUUGGCGACGAUCCCUAUAAGCUGCACGCUUUCAACCAGAGGGAGAGCGACCGGGUCCCUAGCAAUCGGGCCAUCCCGGACACAAGACAUUUGAGAUGUGCCCUGCUGAUGUACUGCAAGGACCUGCCUUCCACCAGCAUCAUCAUCACCUUCCACAACGAGGCCCGCUCCACUCUGCUCAGAACCAUCCGCAGUGUAUUAAACCGCACCCCUAUGAAUCUGAUCCAGGAAAUCAUAUUAGUGGAUGACUUCAGCAAUGACCCUGAUGACUGCAAACAGCUCAUCAAGUUGCCCAAGGUGAUAUGCUUACGCAAUAACGAGCGGGAAGGUCUGGUCCGGUCCCGGAUCCGGGGUGCCGAUGUGGCCAAGGGCACCACCCUGACUUUCCUGGACAGCCACUGUGAGGUGAACAGGGACUGGCUCCAGCCGCUGCUGCACAGGGUCAAAGAGGACUACACGCGCGUGGUGUGCCCGGUGAUCGACAUCAUCAACCUGGACAGCUUCCACUACAUCGAGUCUGCCUCGGAGCUCAGAGGGGGGUUUGACUGGAGCCUCCAUUUCCAGUGGGAGCACCUCUCCCCACAGGAGAAGGCUCGACGCCUGGACCCCACUGAGCCCAUUAGGACUCCCAUCAUAGCUGGAGGGCUCUUUGUGAUGGACAGAUCCUGGUUCCAGAAACUGGGGAAAUACGACAUGGCCAUGGACAUCUGGGGUGGGGAGAACUUUGAAAUCUCCUUCAGAGUGUGGAUGUGCGGGGGCAGCCUAGAGAUCAUCCCCUGCAGCCGAGUGGGCCAUGUCUUUCGGAAGAAGCACCCGUAUGACUUCCCGGAUGGAGACGCCAACACGUACAUAAAGAACACCAAACGGACAGCUGAAGUGUGGAUGGAUGAAUACAAACAGUACUACUACGCUGCCCGGCCCUUUGCCCUGGAGCGGCCCUUUGGAAACAUUGAGAGCAGACUGGAGCUGAGGAGGACUCUGCAGUGCCAGAGCUUCAAGUGGUACCUGGAGAACGUCUAUCCGGAACUCAGCAUCCCCCCAGACUCCUCCAUCCAGAAGGGCAAUAUCCGACAGAGGCAGAAAUGCCUGGAGUCUUCCCAAAAAGAGAAAAACCAAGAACCCGCCAACGUCAAGUUAAGGCCCUGUGUCAAGAUCAAAGGCGAAGAUCUGAAGUCCCAGAUCUGGGCCUUCACAUACACCCAGCAGAUCAUCCAGGAGGAGCUGUGCCUGUCAGUCAUCACCUUUUUCCCUGGCGCCCCCGUGGUUCUCGAGUUUUGCAAGAACGGAGAUGACAAGCAGCAAUGGAGCAGGACGGGCUCCCGCAUCGAGCACAUGGCUUCCCACCUCUGCCUGGACACGGACUUGUUUGGUGAUGGCUCUGAGAAUAGCAGGGAAGUCGUUGUCAACCCGUGUGAGUCCUCACUCAUGAGCCAGCACUGGGACAUGGUGAGCUCUUGAAUGUCCGGGGGCCGUGGGCUGGCGCUCUCCGUGAGAGCCGCAGACUGGAACGCAGGCCGCCAGCAGCCCACACCCACUGCAGAUGUCCUGCACUGGAAGCUGGAGCCAGAGCCCCCAGGACAGGAGCAGCUGUCUCAGGGAGGAUGGAGGCAAAGAUGGCAAGCCACAUGGGGCUCAGCGUUAAAGCCCAUGGGUUCUCGAUACCGUUCCGGUCCUGUCCUGGCCCCAUCUGCCCCGGCUGGUAUCUGGAGACAGAUCCACCGGGAAGUGUUUACAUUGUUCCCUUUCUUACAAAAGAGACCAGAGAGAUUAGCUUUCCUUGUCCCUAGACCAGGAUUGAGUUGAGAGAUGAAGAAUAGAGGCAGUUUUCGAACAAAUAAAAGUAAC